GAUCAGUGUUGCGUUUCAGAAGCUGCAGCCCACAGCUGAGAUCUCCAUUCAUGGAGCAGCAAGGUCUGACGGCUGAGUACUGGGCUGAGUAGUCUUUCAGCAUGUGGCUCUUUCUCAGCAUCAUCGUUCUUGGUGCGGUGAUGGGCUCAGACAUUGCAGGCUCAAGCGACAUGAAGAUCCGGCUGGUGGAAGGUCCUCAUCCUUGCAGCGGACGGGUGGAGGUGCUCCUUUAUGGCCUUUGGGGAACAGUUUGUGAUGAUGGAUGGGGCAUCAAGGAAGCCAUGGUUGUCUGCAAAGAGCUGGGUUGUGGGGCUGCAGUGUCAGCCACACGUGAAGCACAAUUUGGGACUGGAAGUCUCUCCACUGGCCUGAGUGAUAUUCGAUGCCGAGGGACAGAAUCAGCCCUCAGUCAAUGCCCAGCAAGCUUACAGAGAGAACAGCAUUGUACCUCUGAGGAAGCAGCUGGAGUUGUGUGCCAUGGGGAGUUUUGGGGUUCUGAUCCUGUGCGCUCAGGUCAACUGAAGAUCCGGCUGGUGGAAGGUCCAGAUGAGUGCUAUGGAAGGGUUGAAUUGCUCCAUAAUGGUGUGUGGGGCACCAUUUGUGGAAAAAGAUGGGGUAUCAAAGAAGCUGGAGUUGUAUGCCAACAGAUUGACUGUGGGAUUCCAAGCCUUCAGCAAAAUCAAGUUGAGCUUGUAAAAGGAACAGGCCCAAUCUGGUUAGAUGAUGUCCACUGCAGAGGGACAGAAUCCUCUCUGUAUCAGUGCUCAGCAAGCCCAUGGGGAAUGCAUGACUGUGAUCAUAUACAAGCUGCUGGUGUUGUGUGCUCAGGGGUAAGACUGGUAGGUGGUCCAACUCCAUGCAGUGGCAGAGUGGAGGUGUUCCAUAACAAGAAGUGGGGAACAGUAUGUGACAAUGGCUGGGACAUGGAGGAUGCCCGUGUGGUGUGCAGGGAAUGGGGUUGUGGAGGAGAACCUUUAACAGCAGCAACGGGAACCAAGUUUGGAGAAGGAUCUGGUCCCAUUUGGAUGGAUCAGGUGAACUGCAUGGGGGGAGAAUAUAGUCUAAAAGAAUGUCCAAAACAGAACAUUAUCGAUCACACUUGUGACCACAGGAAGGAUGCUGGCGUGGAGUGUUCAGAGAUUCAUUUAGCAGAGGGCCGCGAUCGCUGUGCUGGGAGAGUUGAGCUCUUCCGUGGGGGAAUUUGGGCAACAGUACGUGGCAGUGACUGGGAUCUUAAAGAUGCUGCGGUAGUGUGCCGGUAUCUUGGCUGUGGAACUGCUCUGUUUGCCCCACAACAUUCUCUUUUUGGAAUGAUACCUGUUCCUACUCCCUUCUGGUUCAAUGGUAUUCUUUGCACUGGGACUGAGACUUCCAUCAGUGAAUGCAACGUAAGACCACAGCAAGAUUACGGGGGUGUUUACAAAGAGCCCUAUGGAUUGGCGAGCGUUAUAUGCACAGAGCUCCGUUUAGUUAAUGGUUCCAAUCCCUGUUCUGGAAGAGUCGAGGUGUUUCACAAUGAAAAGUGGGGGACUGUUUGUGAUGCUGGCUGGGAUUUACAGGAUGCAGAGGUUGUGUGCAGGGAACUGAACUGUGGUCAUGCCUUAAAAGCAUCUGGUGGAGCUAGUUUUGGAAGAGGGACUGGCCCCAUCUGGCUGAAGAGAGUGAACUGCACUGGAAGAGAAGAAUCUUUAAGGCAAUGCUCCAAACUACUGUGGGGAGAACACAACUGUGACCAUAGCCACGAUGCAAGUGUGGAGUGUGCAGAUCCACCAAAGAUCAGAUUGGUGAAUGGUUCCAGCCCUUGUUCUGGGAGAAUUGAAGUAUUACACAACCAGCACUGGGGAACUGUGUGUGAUGAGGAAUGGGAUUUGGCAGAUGCCGAAGUUGUGUGCAAGGAGGUUGGUUGUGGAGAUGCCUUAUCGUCCCCAUUGAAAGCUUUCUUUGGAAGAGGAACUGGUCCUAUCUGGCUACGCAAUGUGCGAUGUAUAGGGAAAGAAGAUGCUUUCAAUGAAUGUCCCCAUGAAAAAAGCAGCCUGUUUCACAACUGCAACCAUGAAAAUGAUGCUGGAGUUGUGUGCUCAGAGCUCCGUCUAGUGAAUGGCUCAAAUCCCUUCUCUGGACGGGUCGAGGUGUUGCACAACCAACAGUGGGGAACUGUGUGUGAUGCUGGCUGGGACUCCCAUGAUGCCCAAGUGGUGUGCAGGGAACGGAGCGGUGGAAAUGUUGCUAAAGCAUUUGGAGGAGCACGGUAUGGGCAAGGAACUGGCCCCAUCUUGCUCAAGGGAGUAAAUUGCACAGGAGAAGAAACAUCCCUGCGUGAAUGUGCCCAAAGCACUUUGGACAACCACAGCUGUGACCAUAGUCAGGAUGCCAGUGUGGAGUGCUCAGGCAAGGUGAGACUGGUGAAUGGAUCAAGUCUCUGUUCUGGGAGAGUUGAGAUACUCGACAACCAGCAGUGGCAAGCCGUUUGUGAUCAUUUCUGGGAUAUCAAAGCUGCCCGAGUUGUCUGCAGGGAAAUGGGCUGUGGAGAUGCCUUAUGGGUUCCAGAGAGAUCUCAUUUUGGAAGAGGACUUGAUCCUAUCAGGCUAUUUUUCAGCUAUUGUGAUGGAAUAGAAACUUCUCUUCUUGACUGUUUUAUGUAUAUGUUUGGAGGAGACGCUUGCCUCAACGAUGGAGCUGCUAGUGUUAAGUGUUCAGGUAAUGGGAUACCUAUAUAUUAUUGUGUAUAGAAGCAACAUGAUCCUGUGGGGAUAAGUAAACAUCUAUUUUUAUUUUAGUUGUUUUAACAAAAACCUUGAGAUGUUUCAAAUCAAAUUGUUCAAAGUAAAGUGCUAA